AUGUCUCUGCUCCUCACUCCCAACGGGACGCUGCUGCGUGAGCAGUGGCCUGAGGGCCUCGGACAAACUGUCACCGACACGGCAACCGUUGAUAACCCGCGGCCGUGGCAGACUGUACCAGUCUCAUUCGACGAUCUUAGCAAGUGGGCGGACGUGGAAAUCGACACGACGCAGCCACGUUCGAUGGACAUGGGAUCUCCCCGCACGCACUAUACGUUGCUGUGGUCGCCGACUUUGUUUGCAGAGGCAGGCCAUGGAAUUAGACGCCGUGCACUCAUACGGCUUCAUGGAGUGUUAGGUGGGUUUUGUGUUAGUCCUCUAGGAAAUUGGUCAGGAUCUCCAGAUGACGCCAAAAAAGCAGUGCAGUUCGUAACGUUGCUCGGGCAUGACCAUCCGGCUGUGUUUGACCCACAAGUCCAAACGUUGAGCGCCAUUGACGAUCUCGUGUUUCGAUCGCUCCGCGCGCCGCAGACUCCCGUUGAGCGCAAAUGUGGCGUCAUUAACCUGAGGUGGAGGGUCUUCUCCAGGGUCACCCCCAAGUCGCCUGCUACGCCACUACCGCAGUUGCUGGCGGAGGCCGAUAAACUCUCAUUGAGAUCCGUGGAGGGACAGUGGAACGUUAAGCAUACGUUGUCACUUGCGAUGCAGACCCGCGAUGGCCAGGUGCGGCGAGUGAAAGAUAUAGUGUUCGCAAAGGGUGACUUCGUCGAGGUUGCCGUGUAUGUCGACAUAGUGUCCUUCUGGGACAGGAAGACUCGUCAACGGAAGAUCGACAUUCAGUUUGCUCCACAGGAGAUAGUCGCAAAGUUGGCAGCUGCUCAAUUGCCUCCCGUGCCUGCCAAUACAGGCGAUCAGCCUAUCAUCUCGCUCGGCACGUCAUACCAUAUUCUGGAGCAGGAGAACAACGAAGGGGAUGUUAAUAUGCACUACAAUCCACCCAAUGUUCCCGCUGACGGUGUCCCUGCAAUCAUUCCGCAGCAGGGUCAACAGAGACGACACUCAUUCUCGUUUGCGUAUGUGUAA